AAUGAAUGAAAAUUUGCUGAGGGGAGAGAAAAAAGAAAACAACAACACUUACAAAUAAACUGAAAGAUAAGACAACAACAAAGGCAGAAUAAAAACAAGAAAGCCAUAAAGAAAGAGGAGGAACGAGUACAUAAAGGGUCAUCAUCAUGACGCCCCAGCAGUAUUGCCUGCGUUGGAAAUACCAUCAUAGCAAUCUGCAGACCAUGUUCUCGCAGCUCUUGGAUCGUGGCUGCUUCUGUGAUGUGACCUUGGCCUGCGAGGGACAACUGAUAAGGGCUCAUCGUGUGGUGUUGUGUGCUUGCAGCACCUUCUUCGAUUCCGUUUUGUCCAAUUAUGCCAACGAAAGGGAUCCCAUAAUCAUAAUGAAGGAUGUCACAUUUGCCGAAGUGAAAUGUCUGAUUGAGUUUAUGUACAAAGGCGAAAUCAAUGUAGAGCAUGCCAGCCUUCCUUCGUUGCUAAAAACCGCCGAUGAUCUCAAAAUAAAGGGUCUCGCCGAGGUCACUUGGCGGGACGAUGAAGAUGGCCCACCACCACCAACAAUAGCAGCAACAACCGAAUUUCAUUCACCUCCACAAAAUUUGGGUGAAUGUUAUGUUCAGGAUUUGGUUUUAAAUCAUCAUCAUCAACAUCAACAUCAUCAUCAUCACCAGCAGCAGCAGCAGCAUCAUCAGCAACAACAACAACAUCAGUCAGUAAACCAAUCAUCAUUCGAAAGGGAUAAGGAACGCGAACGCGAUCGUGAUCGUGAUCGUCAUUCACCACCGGCCAUAGAUUUGGGUAUUAAUGGUGGUCGUAUGCCAUCAUUGACUCCAUUAUCAACGCCAACAGGAGGAGCAGGAACAGGUACAAUCAAUUGCAAUCUGGAAGGAGCUGCAGCUCCAGUCGAGAGUUAUCUUGGUCCCAAGCGCAAACGUGGACGUCCUCCACUGGACGAUGCCUACGAUGUGUUUAAUGUACGCAAACUGGCCCAGUAUGCUGCACAUUUGGAGCCCGCCCAGCGCGCCUAUUUGGAGACAGCGCGUCAUUUUGGUGAGGAACCACAAAUACCGGCACAUUCCGCUGGUGCUCUGACCUCACCACCCGCCGCAUGCCCGCCCAAGCAGCGGCAACGUCUGCGUCAGCAGCAACAGCAACUGCAGGCGGCAGCAGCAGCUGCUGCAGCAGCCGCAGCAGCAGUUGCAGCCGCAACAGCAAGUGAGGAAAAUUAUCCCAACGGGGAUAAGGAAUCAAAUCGGGAAACCCCCAAAAGUCUAACACCGCAGCCAAAUAUGAAUCCUGAACAGGAGCCAGGUGUUAGUGAUGAUGCAGCUGAUGCAAUUGCUGCAGACGUUGUCCACCAGCAGCCACAAAACCAGGAAGAGCCAACUGCUCUGCCAACCAAAAAGCUGGACAAGAUCACAGAGCGUCGGGAACGUCAUGGCAAGUUGCGACAUGCCAAACGGUUUAGUGGCGAGCAGGAAAAUGUAUUAAACAAACGUUGUCCACCAGCUGCAGAGUCCGAGCACGAAUCGGGGCCCGAGACUGCACUCCCAAAGCCUGUGGAGGAGAUAGAAAAUGAGCAUUUGGUGGCCAAUCGAGCGGACUCUCCAAUUCAGUCACAAAAACUGAAAUUAUUGCCUGCCAAUUUCAACUAUGAUAAUGCCUCAUCAGAUACAUCUAGACCUGAAAGUUCAGCAGGACCUGCUGCUGCUGCUGCUACUGGAUCCGGCGCCGGCGCCGGUUAUCUAAUCAAUGAGCAUGGUAUGCUGAUGGCUCAUGAUUUUGCCCCAGCAGUGGCCGCUGCUGCUGCUGCGGCAGCUGUGGCAGCUGUCAGCAACGGUAAUAGUAAUAACAAUGAGCAUAUUGCUCCAUCCACCCUUGGUGACUAUGCUGACAUUGACUACGAUGCAGCCGAGUUGCGUUUGACCAAUGAGGAGCUGUCCCAGUGGCAGGAUGUCAUCAAAAUGGAUGAUUAUUUGGCCAAGGGAAGGCGACCUCAAUUCUGGGAGGAGCCAUUCACAAAGCGCGUUUUGGAUGCCAUUAAAAACAAAAGACUUGAAAUGAAGAAGGCAGCUCGAAUACUUGGAGUGUCCUAUGGCACUCUCUAUGGUCGCUAUCGUGAGGUCUAUGGCUGUUUGAAACAUCCCUAUAGCGGGACAGCAUUUCGCAAUUCUGCCUCUGCCUCAUCAGCGGCUAAUCAAUUGGCUGUACAAUCGCGUUUCGAUCUAAGUUUUCGUAAUGGCGGCGUUUUGUCUUCCCAGUUGGAACUGGGCAAGAUAAAAAAGGAUCUCAGUGAUCUCUGGACACGUCCGCAGAUUUGAAAUCCAACAAAGAAAAUACAAAAAAAUCUCAAACGUCGCCACAGAUUUGAUCUAAGUUAACCAUAUGAUCUGAAUUAUUAGAAAAAAAAAGACAUCUUGCCUACAAGUUGUGUUUUUUGUUUUUAUAGGAACACGAGGCUAGUUAAUAAGAUUAUCGAAGAAUCGUUACAAAAAUAUGAAAAACAAAACAAAACAAAAAGAAAAACAAAAACAAUACUUAAACGUUUCCUAAGAAACUGAUUUCCUUUAUAUGUUAUUUUUGUUAUAUCUAAGAUAUCUUACACAUACACAUACAU